GUCGCCCCAUCGCAGUUGCUCCCUGUUUCGCAUUUCCGCGAGAGAUCCCUCGCCGACGGGCAAAAAUCUCGCGCCGAUCACGUCGUAAAUUUCUUUCCGAUCUUACGGAAUAAUUCGAAACGAGGGAGAGUGGUAGUGAUACCUGCGAACAUUUCGACCAAACAGUUGCGAGGAAAGACAAAUUGUUUAAUUUCUGAACUCAGUUUCUGUCGAUUUAGUGCUUUCAGUCUUUACGGUGUCAUUAUAGCAUCGCGGUAUUGACAGCAAUUCUAAGAAAACGACUGAGGAAUAUGAAGAAAAGCGUUUAUUUCUUCCCGUGUUAACUUGAAAAAUGCACACGUCGCAGCUAUGGACUUACUUUUAAAGAUUUAAUAAAUAAAAAAACUCGAAAUUACUUCUCGUUUACUAAAGAAAAGGGAAAAGGGAGGCGGGAGAGGAAGAGACGAAGUAAGAAUAGUGUCGGUUUCUUAGAAGACCCGACUCUCAUAAAGAUCGUCGGCAUUCUCCCUCGGCGGGAGGGUAAUUUCGUGUCCGUCGGAGGGUCGACCCUCGGAGCAGCGCGGGGAUGCGCGCGAGGGUGUUUGUGCGGCGUGGAUAGGCGAGCCGGCAAUUUCGCGUGUGGCUCUCGAUAUCGAUUCUAGGAGGCCGCCGCCACCGUCGGAGUAAUCGCGCACCCCCUUCGUCGUCCUUCGGUCGGCAAAACGGCCGCUCGUUGACAUCGUCGUCGUCGAUACGCGAAGGGGGGAUCAAUGAGAGGCAAAAUCGAUCGAUCGGAUCGGAGAGCCGACGAUCGAAUUCAUCUAUAUUGUCCUUCCCGGGGCGGAAGAAAUCUAUAUCGGUCUGUGAUUGAUCCAAAGAAGAUGCGGACCGUGUCAGGAUAAGAAACAUUGCAAUAGAGACAGAGCAGAUUUGUUACAUUUUCCGGGGCACCGAAAUAUCUCGGUUAGGCCCUGGCAGUCAUCAAUGAAGAGCCGGACAUGAAUUGGACAUCCGAACGGUCAUCAUUGGGAUUAUUAAUCAUCCUUCUCCUGAGAUGCGGUAUCACAAGAUCGAUGACAGACGCGAAGGAGCCGAUACUAUUAAAAGUUGUUGCUCCUCCGUCCCACACGGCUUUGUCCGGCGAUGUAACCGUUUUUAUCUUGGACUCGGAAAAGGAAUCCUCUAUGGUAUCCACAAGUACUAUGUCCACCAACGCCACAAAUGGCAUAAAGAAAGACGAGAAAGAAAAAAUCGAUCCGAAGAAAGAUGGAGUUAGCGCGGGUCACGAACCGCUCGUGCUUAGAGUGCUAUACGUCGAUGGCCUCACGUCGGAAUUGAUCGGUGAUUUCCCUCUGGAUACCCUGCCGCAUAAGAGUGAGAAUAUUUCUGUGAUAAUACCUUGUGGUGUCUUCUCACGCGGCGGAAUUUAUACACUACGACUUCAGUACAAGUUCUCAACCGUGGCUGCCAGAUACAACACUGCCAUUGCUGGGCUGCCCGAAAUUGAGAUGAGCAGUGCCUUAGACGUAAAAUGGCCAACCCCUUCUCUGCUUUUGGAAUCCCAACACUUCGGUACAUAUCCUAGCCAGCCGGUAAUAGCUACUAUAAAGUACAACGGAAUUUCAUGUGUACCUGCCAACGGUGUUCCGGUGGCAGCUUAUAUUUUGCAACUCAUAUAUUGCGGCACGACCGCGGCCGCCUGCGAUCCACAGAACAACGGUCGCAUGCAAGUGCUCUAUUACGAGGAAAUAAACGGCUUCGCCUCGCCGAAGAUUGUCAAGUUGAAAUGCGAAUUUUUCGGACUGGCCGGAAAUUACGCGCUCAGAUUAAAGGCCUCGGACGUCAAUCCAUCCGCGCCAACGACCAGCGCGUACAUUAAGGUGGAAUGGUCCGACGAGUUUAGCUUCAACGUCCACGCGAGAUCGAUCUAUCCUUGCGAGGGAUCGGCGGGCAUAUCGGUCCUCUUUCAGUACCCCGCGUGCCGUCUUCAGGGCGAUCGCGUGCGCGUUUACGGCCGCCUGCGAGCGGACGUGAGUUCCCUGGCGCCGCCGUCCGCCUUGCACUACGUGGCGGAAUUGAAGGCGGCGCCGGGCAAGCAUUCGCUGAAUUUCGACUGCGAUAUCUUCACCGAGAAGUUCAUCGAGUAUUGCUUCAUUUACGUGAGCCAGGCGAUCACCGGCGCGAUGGCGGAGGUGAAGCUCGCGUGUAUACCGACCUUCCCGCUUCUGGAAAACGACGCGGCCGGUUGGGGUCCUUGGAGCGCGUGGAGCCCUUGCAGCAGCUCCUGCGUGGGUGGCGUUCGCAAUCGAUAUCGAUUUUGCGACACGCCACCGCCGAAAUACGGAGCGAAAUUCUGUCAGGGAAGAGCGGUCGAGACGGAAUCCUGCGGCGGCACCGGCAGGAUCGAUUUCCAGGAGGCGUGGAAUACCGAGGGAUGGGAGUGCCGACACGGAACGACAUUAGCGGCCGCGAGACCGGAAGUUACGGCACAGAUCGGCGCGCAGUGUCGGUGUGGUUGCAUUAUCAAUUUCGGCGAUAAUGCCUUGAAUAAGAUACUGGCGGCAAAUACCCAAGCCUGUCCCGGUCGUUCCUUCUGGCUGCUGCAGGCAAAAUCGGACUACAUAAUCAGACUGCAUUUGGAUCAAACGCAGUUUCCCUGUCCGGGACAAUAUUUUCGUGCUCGCGACGGUGAUUCGCUGAGCGCGGAACUCUUGACGGAUAUCGCUUUUGACAAGGUUGCCCCUGUGACGGGAACGAUAUUUUCCUCGGGUCAAAGCUUGCUGCUCGAAUUCUUUAGCGACGAGCACAUUGCCUCGGGGAAUUCCUGCGUGGGUGGUUUUUUGGGACACGCGAGCACGUUUCAAAAAUUGUAUGAGAAUAAGACGUCGGCUUCGCUCCCUUCGGAAACGAAUUCCACCCUCACUGUUGAGCAAUGGAUCUUCUGGGGACCCGCGCAUCUAGCAACAGCAUCCCUUUUGAUACUCAUAUUCUUUAUAUCUAUUUUUCUAGCACUACAAUUUGCACUGAAAUAUAGGAAGUAUCAUAUCGCGGAGGACUUGGAUACUCUGAGCGAGCACUCCGGAUGUAGCGAUAUGAUGGUGGGCCGAGCGAAAUCGAUGUCUUCUACGACACUAAUUUCGGAAGUCGCGUCCCUAGUGGGACUACCAAAGAAGUGCACACCAAGACUGUCGAAACGCAAAGCACCUUGCGCGGUGGAGGAUGGUUAUGAUAGUUCGGAAACUUUGGCGGAAUACGAAGACGAGACCAGCUUGAGCUCGACCACCUUGAAAUUCCGAGAUAACGAGGAAAGCUGUACGGAGAGGAGUGUAAUACCGAACAAAUUGCACGCCGAUGAACCACCAGCGACGGUAUCGGCUAUUAUGGCAAUUGGCCAGCCGGAAGUAAAAUAUGCCACACCAGUCAAAUUACGCACUCUGGGAUCUGUCAGUCCCGCGAAUAAAUUGACGUCGGGCAACACGACGAGAUGUCAAAGCAGAGCGAGUAUUACCGACAGCCCGCAUAUUGCAAGAAUUCAUCGUUACACGUCUAAUCCUUUGCAGUCUAAGGAUUCGUCGACGAGCAGUCCAUUAUCGGGCACGUCCACGUUACGCAGCGGUAAGGAGACGAAGGACCGUCGAAAUCGCGAGCGACUGCUACAAGGGCCCGGUUCGGAGUUCAGUCUGACAAAUCCGGAGACGGAUAUGGAGAUCGACUAUUACGAUUACAACGUCGCGAACGCCGGCGCCGCGCCGGGCUCGUACUUAGGUAUGGAUCCAGCUUUUCUCCUAUGGAUACCCCCGUUGUCGAUGUCCGAGGAUUCUCAAGGUCCGUCUACGGAUUGUCCGGAUUGUUUUCAAGGCACGACGACGAGCCCGGCGUUGUACCGACUGCCGGAGAGCACUGAAGGCGCGACCCUGACCCCGGCCGAGUAUCGGCGUAUGCGACAUCAAAUCGCGUCUAGCGUCGAGGAGACUAGACCGAGUCUCGAACAGCAACGCCAAGACUCGACGUCCUCGUCGUCGUCGAGGAACGAUUCGUCAUCGGCUAGCGUUCUGUCCGAGGAUAGCAUCAGCGAGAGCAGAACCACCAGGCUGAACGAACACCUACUGCCGAUCCAUCGGAUCCUGGAGGACUCUAGGACACGGGUCAGCGAGGAGUCUCUGUGUAGUCAACUUGCGAUUGACAGGACUAUUCCCAAUCGUCUUCACGGCACUAAACCUGAUCUCUCCCAGGAACAGAGCGCUGCGAGAAGCAGUCGGCAGGACAACUAUGUAAAUAUCUUCGACGGCGUCGUGGCGAAGGCGGAGGAUAAAUCGGAGAAAUCGAGGCAGGCCUUCAAGAGGCAUCCCGAAGAGGCGGUACUUCAUUACGGUACUUCGAGGCCUCACGUGAGUCAAAAAGCGAAAGAUGUUUCUCAGGGCGACAAAAAGAACCGCUGUUUCAAAAACGAGAACGCGCCUAAGUUGUCUAGCAAGUCGACCAGCUCGAAGACUCAAGGAUACGCGGACGGCAAGGACAGAGGUCCUCAGAGUGUCAAGGACGAUCCGAAAUCAGACAUUGUUCUGACAAACUUGAAUGUGAGCGGCCCGUGCAAGUACCGAGACUUCACGCAGUUCACGCAACCGCGCGAGAUCAAUAAACUCUCGGACUGCACUAAUAUUCCGAUGAUUGAGUUCUCGGGGCCGCGAUUAAACUCGCCGGCGGCGACGCGAAGACUGACGACGGACAACCUGAACAUCAGUCUGUCCAAGAAAGAGAUUCAAAGCCCGGAUUAUGGGGUCGAGAGCGACAUGAAGACGGAAUCGCGCGACUCCUUCUACGACUUGAUCCGCGAGAACGAGGACGGUAUCAAGUUCGCGGACGACGACGACGAGUAUAUCGAUAACAGAGCGAAUCUGUGAAAUUUACGUUGUAAUUGCUACAUAUGGGAGCGCAAUAAAGAUUAUUGCUAUUUUA